AUGUUCCCUACUUCCAUAUCUUGUUUGGUGGCCCUGUCUCUGAUGAGCCAGGGUCUGCUAGCUCAGAAGCAACUGGAAAAUGUCAUCACCGAUGAUACUUACUUCUACGGUCAAUCGCCAGCGGUUUAUCCUACACCGGAACAGGUAGACACCGGAUCAUGGGCCGCGGCCGUAGCCAAGGCCAAGAACUUGGUGUCCCAGUUGACUCUUGAAGAGAAAGUCAACUUGACAGCAGGAGGCCAGACAACUACCGGCUGCUCUGGCUUCAUCCCUGGCAUUCCUCGUGUAGGCUUUCCCGGACUGUGCUUAGCAGACGCUGGCAACGGUGUCCGCAACACAGAUUAUGUGAGCUCGUUUCCUUCAGGAAUUCAUGUCGGCGCAAGCUGGAACCCGGAAUUGACUUACAGCCGGAGUUACUACAUGGGUGCUGAGGCGAAGGCCAAAGGUGUCAACAUUCUUCUUGGACCCGUGUUCGGACCUUUGGGGCGAGUUGUUGAGGGAGGUCGCAAUUGGGAGGGCUUUUCCAAUGAUCCUUACCUAGCAGGUAAGUUGGGGCAUGAGGCUGUCGCUGGUAUCCAGGAUGCCGGAGUUGUUGCAUGCGGUAAACACUUUCUUGCCCAAGAGCAAGAAACUCAUAGACUUGCCGCGUCAAUCACAGGGGCCGACGCCAUCUCAUCCAAUGUCGAUGACAAGACCCUACAUGAGCUAUACUUAUGGCCUUUCGCUGAUGCAGUCCACGCCGGACUCGCCAGUGUGAUGUGCAGCUACAACAGAGCAAACAACUCACACGCCUGCCAAAACUCGAAGCUUCUCAACGGUCUCCUCAAAGGUGAACUGGGCUUCCAGGGUUUUGUUGUUUCAGACUGGGGUGCACAACAGUCCGGUAUGGCUUCAGCAUUAGCUGGCCUGGACAUCGCGAUGCCUAGCUCGAUCCUGUGGGGUGCCAACCUUACCCUUGGUGUGAACAACGGAACUGUUCCCGAGUCACAGGUCGACAAUAUGGUUACGAGGAUUCUGGCGACAUGGUAUCAGUUGAAUCAGGACCAAGAUACUGAAGCCCCCGGUCACGGACUAGCUGCCAAUCUUUGGGACCCCCAUCCGGUAGUCGAUGCUCGGAAUGCAAGCUCCAAGCCUACUCUCUGGGAUGGUGCUGUUGAAGGCCAUGUUCUUGUCAAGAACACCGACAAUGCACUGCCAUUCAAGUCCAACAUGAAACUCGUCUCUUUGUUCGGAUAUUCUCACAAGGCCCCAGACAAGAACACCCCAGAGCCCGCCCAAGCCAUGUUCUCCCCUUGGUCCGUCGGUGUCCAAUCCGCCAACCUCACUGAGCUGAACACCGGUUUUCUUGGAAACCUGAGCCUCACAUACUCCGCCAUUGCGCCCAACGGAACCCUCAUUUCUGGUGGAGGUUCUGGUGCUAACGGAUGGAGUUCGUUCAGCUCGCCUUUCGAUGCUUUCGUUACCCGCGCAAGGAAAGAUGGCACUACUCUUUUCUGGGAUUUUGAGAGCUGGGAUCCUUCUGUGAACCCUACUUCCGAAACCUGCAUUGUUGCUGGUAAUGCAUGGGCCAGCGAGGGCUGGGACAGACCUGCUACUUAUGAUGCGUAUACUGAUGAGCUCAUCAACAACGUCGCCGACAAGUGCGCCAACACUAUUGUGGUUCUUCAUAACGCUGGAACGCGUCUGGUGGACGGCUUCUUUAGCCACCCCAACGUCACUGCUAUUAUCUACGCUCAUCUUCCGGGUCAGGAUAGUGGAGAUGCUCUUGUUUCAUUGCUUUAUGGCGAUGAGAACCCAUCAGGUCGUCUCCCGUACACUGUUGCCCGCAACGAGACGGACUAUGGUCACCUGCUGAAGCCAGACUUGACUCUCGCCCCCAACCAGUUCCAACAAUUCCCCCAGUCCGACUUCUCUGAGGGUAUCUUCAUUGACUAUCGACAUUUCGAUGCCAAGAACAUCACUCCUCGCUUCGAGUUUGGUUUCGGCUUGAGCUACACAACCUUUGAGUACGCUGAUCUCCAAGUCUCAAACUCCCAGGCCCAGACUCAGGAUUACCCAGCUGGUGCUCUCACCGAGGGAGGCCGUUCAGAUUUGUGGGAUGUAGUUGCUACUGUGACAGCAAAUGUCAGCAAUACUGGAUCUAUUGACGGCAAGGAGGUUGCACAGCUGUACGUUGGUAUUCCCGGUGAUGGUCCUGUGAGACAGCUGCGUGGCUUUACGAAGCCAGCUAUCAAGGCUGGAGAGACGGCUACCGUGACCUUUGAGCUCACCCGUCGGGACUUGAGUGUCUGGGAUGUUAGUGCGCAGGAGUGGCAACUUCAGCAGGGUGACUAUGCUAUCUUUGUCGGGCGAAGUAGUCGAGAUCUACCUCUACAAGGUACCCUGAGUAUUUAG